AACUCGCUGCUUCUAGAGCAGCUAGCGAAACUCGGCAUGCGUGCGCCUCUAACCAUCCGCCAAAGCCCUAUCACGCCACAGAGUCCCGCCAACGUGUCCCAUCACCACUGCUAGCAUGGAGCCAAUAGCAGCGAUGCUGGACAUGAGCGCUAGCCGCUCCCACCCGGUGCUAGUACCACGCAUCUCGCGCACACUCUUUCCUUUUCGUACAUUCCGAUUGGCCCGGGCAAUCGGGAAGCGCCGCGUCCCCAUCGUCAGAAUGCAAGCCACGCCUUGCUCUAGUGCGUUACAAAAUGGGGGCUGAAGCGGAGAGGCGCCUCUCUCUUCAUGCCCGCCACGACUGCGGACGCCAUCCCCUCACGCCGACUGCCAGUCACCGCCCGCCUACCUCCGCGCCGAGCGUCGACCCUCCGACCGCUCAAGUAAAAAGCACGUGGCGGGCGAGGCUGCCCAAGAGACAUGACCUUUGGGUGCGCUUCCGUUACCCUCCUUGCACCUUCACCUCCUUCCACCUACUCCCCCUAAUCCCCAACCCCCUUCCACUCAGAACCUGAGUACCAUACCUUGCUCCCCUCCCCCCUGCAUUCAUGCUCACAAUGUCUCUUGUGCUCGUCUCGCUCUCUCUCUCUCUCUCUCUCUCUCUCUCUCUCUCUCUCUCUCUCUCUCUCUCUCUCUCUCUCUCUCUCUCUCUCUCUCUCUCUCUCUCUCUCUCUCUCUCUCUCUGCCCAUCUCCCCGUCAUCCCUUGCUUCCAUACUCCUUCCAUUUCCCCUCCACCCGAUGGGAGGGAGUGUGACCUCCAUUUUUUCCCAUGCAAUAUGCAUGAUUGCUUCUUGGUAGGAUAAUAACAUGCUUGUCCUUUGUUUUAUUUAGUAGAUUUCGCAUCGCCAGGUUUUUCACUGUUUCUUUUAGCACACCGCGCAAGCUUGUGCUUUUUGGUGCAGUCCUUUUUGGCAUAGGAUGUGGUGGCGUGAGCUGGGCAAAACGUCUCGCACGCGAGGGCUGGCGAUACUGCUCAUGCCUGGCGAGGUGGGGCUUUGUUCGCGAGACCUUCAUUGCCCUUCGCGUCCAACCCGCUAUCUUUGCUGUGUUUUGUGACUCUCACGAAUUUCGCCCACCCCUUUCUCAAAACCUA